AACCUGGAAUCUCUUGAUAUCGAACUGAAUCGUAGUCAAGCGCCUUGCCAUUGGGCCAUUAGGCCGAUGCUAAUUUCAGAUGAAUUUGCUUCGAUGGAAACUUUUUCUUUUAGUACCAAUAUAUCCUCUUUUGCAAGCUACCUCCAGCCUUACUCUAGCAUCAGCAACGCCACCCAGUCAUCCCAUCUCUCCCCAUCUUCGCAUCGCUCGUACUUACUACCAAGUGCAUCCCGAUCUCAACGGAACUUUCUCUCAUUCGCAUAUGCACACUACCAACGCCCCCGCUAGCGCUCUACACCGAAUCGCGCAAAUGACGCCACUGGCGUCAUCGCUUCCCCUUCCCUUUCCCCCCAACCCACGUGUCGUAAACCCGGAUAACGUGUAUGUUGCACGCGGACGUUUUUUUUUUUUCGUUAACCUUCCCAUUCCUUCAAAAUGAAGAAAGGUCCACGGCUCCACCUUUUC